CAUGAUCCUGUAUCCCAUGAUACAGAAGCCAAUUGCUGGAAUCACAAAGAUUGAGAAAGAAGCCUUGUUAGUCAUAGAUGUAUCCCCCUAGCAACAAUAGACUUUCUGAUGCUGAAUCCCCUGUCAAGGUGCUUUCUGGUUUCUUGGACAGGCCAGUCCUACACUUGACUUUAGGGAACAAUUUUCAAUAAAGCAUACAUAUUGCAAAUUGAGUUUGGUUGCAAGAGAUUCUUUAGAUCCCAUUACUUGUGAUCUACUGAAAUGGCAGUCACCCAUUGAAGAGCCUGGCAUUGGGAGAUUCCUGAAGCACUUGCACGUCACAAUUAGCAAUGGAGUAUGAGAGGAGAGGUGGUCGAGGUGAUCGGACAGGUCGUUACGGUGCUGUUGACCAGACCCAUGAUGAAAGUUCGGAAGGCCGGAACCAGAGGGAUCACGAUUAUAGGGACAUGGAUUAUCGAUCUUAUAUGAGAGAUUUCAACAACCAGGAGCCUACCAAUGAUUAUGAUGAUUCUUCUGAAGAACACAGUGUGGAGGAUUCCUAUGAAGCCUCCUCUGGAUCAGAGACACACCGUAGAAAACGAGAUAGCCCCAGUGAACAGAUUGGAUUUCCCGGUGAUGGUGACUACCGAGACCAGGACUACCGAACCGAGCCGGAGGAGGAAGAACAGAAAGCUAGCAGCAUCAUCAUGUUGAGGAUGCUACCCCAAUCUGCAACUGAAAAUGAUAUCCGGGCUCAGCUGCAGGCACAUGGAUUCCAGCCCCGGGAGGUGCGGCUGAUGCGGAAUAAAGCUUCAGGUCAGAGCCGGGGCUUCGCCUUCGUCGAGUUUAAUCACUUGCAGGACGCUACACGAUGGAUGGAAGCCAAUCAGCACUCCCUCACCAUCCUUGGCCAGAAGGUCUCCAUGCACUACAGUGACCCUAAACCCAAGAUCAAUGAGGACUGGCUGUGCAGCAAGUGUGGAGUGCAGAAUUUCAAGCGCAGAGAGAAGUGCUUCAAAUGUGGCAUUCCCAGAUCUGAAGCUGAGCAGAAGCUACCCCCCGGUAGUCGUUUGGAUCAGCUAGUGGCUCUUUCGGGGCGUGAGCUCAGCCAAGGCCUUCUGCCCCUCCCACAGCCAUACCAGGUGUCAGCAGCUCUUUCAACUCAGCCAGUGGCCCAGAUGUCUGAACCCUGUGCAGAAAAUGCUAAUGACACCAUCAUCUUGCGAAACCUGAAUCCUCAUAGUACAAUGGACUCUAUUUUAAGUGCCUUGGCACCAUAUGCUGUACUAUCCUCAUCAAAUGUCCGUGUGAUUAAAGACAAGCAGACGCAGCUCAACCGUGGUUUUGCAUUCAUCCAGUUGUCUACCAUUGUGGAAGCAGCUCAGUUGUUGCAGAUCCUUCAAGCCCUGCAUCCACCCCUGAACAUCGAUGGCAAAACAAUUAAUGUGGAAUUUGCCAAAGGUUCCAAGCGGGACAUGAGUUCAUCAGACGGAAACCGUAUCAGUGCUGCUUCUGUUGCCAGCACGGCCAUUGCAGCUGCACAGUGGGCUAUCUCACAGGCAUCCCAGGGUGGCGAGGCAGCCUGGACAGCUCAAGAUGAGCAAUCUGUGGACUAUGGCUACUACCAGCAGGAAGAAGCAUACGGUGCUCAAGGUUUGGAAAGUGCAGCAUACUCGCAAGCAUAUUUGAAAAGCUCCCAGUCACAGUCUGGGGCAGCAGCCGCUGGAAAGGUGGACAAGGUCCACGGUGAGGGCUCAUUAUCAGGCACUGAGGCAUCACUGGAACCUGGAGUACCAGGUGUAGAUCCUGUGCCUGUCCUACCAGCUUUUCCCCGCGGUGCCCAGACCACAACUGUACCCGUCACAUACCAGGCAGCUGGCAACAGUGAAGGGACAGGUUCUACCCAGGGAAAUGCUGCUAGUGCACAGUCAUAUACCAUAGUCUCACCUGCUGUGCUGAAACCUGAUGUGCCUAGUAGUGCUCAGUCCUCCAGUACAACUCCGGGUGUAUCCAGCAGCACUUCCAAUCUGCCCGUUGCAAGUACUGUAGGGCAGGAACCUUACACACAAUACCCUGUCCCAGAUGUUUCUACAUAUCAAUAUGAUGAAAGCUCUGGUUACUACUAUGACCCUCUGACUGGCCUCUACUAUGACCCCAAUUCCCAGUAUUACUACAAUGCCCAGACACAGCAGUACCUGUACUGGGAUGGGGAGAGGCGCACCUAUGUUCCAGCCUCAGACCAGGCCUCUGACAGCCACAAGGAUGGCAGCAGUUCAGGGGGUGGUAGUGGCAAAGAGGGCAAAGAGAAGAAGGAGAAGCAUAAAACAAAAACUGCCCAGCAGAUUGCUAAAGACAUGGAGCGCUGGGCUCGUAGCCUCAACAAACAGAAGGAGAAUUUUAAGAACAGCUUUCAGCCAGUCUCUUCCAUACGAGAGGAUGAAAGGCGGGAAUCAGCCACAGCUGAUGCUGGCUAUGCCAUCCUUGAGAAGAAGGGGGCUUUGGCGGAGAGGCAGCAUGGUGGCAUGGACCUAUCCAAGCUUGCUGGCGAUGAUAGGCUGAGUCCGCCACGAGGGUUAGUGGCUGCUUACAGUGGUGAGAGCGACAGUGAGGAGGAGCAGGAAAAGACUGCUGAUCGGGAAGAGAAACUGACUGAUUGGCACAAACUGGCCUGUCUGCUUUGUCGUAGACAAUUUCCCAGCAAGGAAGCCCUUAUUCGUCACCAGCAGCUUUCAGGAUUACACAAGCAAAAUUUGGAAAUUCAUCGACGGGCACACUUAUCGGAGCAGGAACUUGAAGCACUUGAGAAAAAUGACAUGGAGAUGAAGUACCGAGAUCGUGCAGCUGAACGAAGGGAGAAGUAUGGUGUCCCUGAGCCACCAGAACCCAAGAAAAGGAAGUAUUCAGCAGUCUCCCCAGCCACUGUGGAUUUUGAACAACCAACACGGGAUGGACUUGGCAGCGACAACAUUGGCAGCCGCAUGCUGCAGGCUAUGGGCUGGAAAGAAGGCAGCGGGCUGGGCCGCAAAAAGCAGGGUAUCAUUGCCCCCAUUGAGGCGCCAACACGAGUACGUGGAUCUGGCCUGGGUGCCCGCGGCAGCUCUUAUGGGGCGGUAGCAUCAGAGUCCUACCGUGAGGCAUUGCACAAGACAAUGCUAACACGUUUCAAUGAGUCAGACUGAAAGCGAAAGCUCUGUGAGGAGCGCACGCCUGUACAGUAUUUGCUGCUGACUGUCUCCCUCAACCCCACAGCCCUACUUUCACACAGUGUUCCUUUGGUUGACUUUUUUUUAAUUAAAUGUUAAAACAGA